CGACAAUUGCAAUUAUGUUACCUUAUAGUCUUCAUAUUUCUAGUAAGUUUAACAAGGAUCUUUUUCUAUAUGUACUAUAUCUGUAAUGUCUCUAUUUCAUACGUCCUCAUAAAUAGUUAAUUGUUUUCGGACGGAACGACCGUCACUACCAUUCCACAAUGCCUUCAAAAAUAUCACUUACUACUUCCAUUCGGAGACCUUCCGAAAACACAGCGGCGGCAGAUGCCAUCCCUAUCCUCGUCGACAAUGAAUACCACCUAUUUCACUUGAGCACACCUCCUUCGACAAUCCAUCAUCCGGAGAGAUUACGCUCCUCAUGGAGCCACCUCCGAUCCAAAUGCCUCACUCAAUGGGAACGGGCUGAGCAACCAGCCCUCUCUCCCGGAGAGAGCACACAGUCACCAGAUGCAGACGGAGUAUGGACCGGAUCAGCAAUACUUGGUCCUGAUGGAAACAUGCAUAUCUUCUACACGGGGUAUAAUCUUGCCCAGGGAGGAAAGCAAGUUAUCAUUCACGCAACCUCGAAUGACCGUAUCGGCUCUCAAUUCACCAAAUCAACACAACCCAUCCAUCUCAAGUCAGACGGUGGCGCCCGGGCAGCAUUCGAAGAUAUAGAUUUUAGGGACCCGUUUGUACUGUACAACGAGGAUGAAAAAUGCUACUGGAUGAUUGUGGCAACAAGGCUGGCUGAGGGGCCACACUGGACUCGCGGCUGCCUGGCGUUACUCACGUCCGAAGACCUACAAACAUGGUCAUUGGAACCCAAGCCUCUAUAUGCGCCAAAUGAUAUGAUGUGCCCCGAGUGCCCUGAGCUAUUCCAGCUACCGAAUAAGAAAUGGUACCUUGUGUAUUCGAGGUUUUCGGCGCCAAACGCAGGAGUGGUAUAUCGCGUCGCCGACAGCCCACGCGGUCCAUUCCAUGCCCCCAAAGAUGGCUCGGGUGGCAGACUCGAUGGUAGACGAUGGUAUGCUGCAAAGUCUUGCCCAAAAGCCAACGAUCCUUCCAAGAGAGUGUUUUUCGGCUGGGUGGCAGAUCAGUGUGUCGCUGAUGGAAAAUGGAUGUGGGGCGGCGAUAUGGCUAUGCCGAGGGAGGUGAUGGCAAAAGAAGACGGAACACUGGUCGUUGAACCUAUCCGUCAAGCUCUCGAUACCGUGUUCUAUGCGCAGCCGUCGACAAACCUCACAAACACCGAGUUUGAAGCUGUUGGUAGUACUGCCACGAAGUCAUUCGAGAUCAAAUGCGAACGGCCAUAUAUGAUAACAUUUGGUAUCGUGUCGAGCUCGGCAACUUCAUUUGGCCUCAUAUUUGGUAGCGACAGUGAUCUUAGCGGGUGCUAUUUGCGCUUCGAACCAACCUUCGAUGGUAGAUAUACAGUGUCGCUUGCUACGGCGCCAGCUCCGUUUGAUGAUUUCUGGGCAGACCAAUACAAGAUAUACCUUCCAAGGGGGGUUGAUGGCCCAACGAUUGUCAGGCAUGAUAAUAUUAAGAUAGAUAAACCUGUAACUAUCUUGAGGUCUAGAGAUGUCUUGGAGGUAUUUGUUGGAGGUCGCUCCCUCAGCUACAGACUGCCCCAACAGUCAUCGUCGACGAAGGGAGGAGAAACUAGAUUAUUUGUGGAGGAUGGAAGGGUAGAGUAUUCGGAUUUCAAGGUGAUUGAGGGGGCAGACUAUUAAGAUAGAUGAUGUACAGUAUGAGAU